AUGUGUUGUGGAUGGCAUAAUAUGGAUAAUAGUAAAUUUCAUUGUUGGCCUUCGAAUGCUUCAUCAGUAUUAACGAGUACAUUAGCACAACAUGGUUAUAAUUGUAAAGGUGUUCAUAUAGAUUGGAUUAAACCUCCGCCGAAGCAAGUUACUCAAGAUAUUCCAUUUAAUAUAUCUUAUUCGAUUGAUUUAUUACCUGAAUUUUUUGAUUGGGCAAUUUAUGAAUUACCUAAACCAUUAUAUACAUUAUCAAAUCGAACAAUGAAUAAUAGUCAAUCAUGGUAUCAUUGGUGUCAUACACAUGAAUCUGCAUAUGAUAUUUCUGAUCCGAAAAUUGAAUCUGAUACUUGUUUAUGGCAUAUUAAUAUUCAUGCAUGUGAAAUUGGUAGUUCUAUUCCAUAUUGUGGUCCAUGGAUACCACCAAAUGGUCAAAUAUAUCAUAGUACAGUUAUGGCAGGACGUGCAGGACGUAUUUAUGAAAGUACUGUAGUUGUACCAGUAUUUGGAAUAGUAGAAAUUAUUGCUCAUUUUAAAGUUGGUAUAGCAGAUUGGAUACAUAUUGCUUUAGUUAGUUCAAAUAUUCAAGUUAGUCGUAAAGCAAUUUGUGGAGAUAAAUUUUGUGAUAUAAAAUAUGAAAAUUGUUCAAAUUGUCCAUUAGAUUGUGGGAAAUGUCCGUUAAAACCUAUUCAUAUCGGUUUUAUUACUGCUACUUGUGUUGUUUUUAUUUCUUCACUCAUCGGAAUUGGUCUAUAUUUUAAAAUUCAAGAACAACGUCUCCUAUGGGAUCCUAGUUGGAUUAUUGAUGUCAAAGAAGUUCAACCACUUCGUUCACAACAAUCCAAUAGUUUAACAUCAAUAAAUGAUCCACAAAAAACAAAUUUUACUAGACGACAAACAAGCGAAACAAAUUUAAGUAUAACUACAAAUAUAUCAACUAUAAGUUGUGUUCAACAAAUUUUUUGUCCUGUGGGUAAUUUACGACAUACUUGUGUAGCUAUUCGAAAAUAUAAACAUAAACAUUUCCAGUUAACACGUCGUAUACGUGAACAAGUUCGUCUUGUACGAACAUUAAAUCAUAAUAAUAUAUGUAAAUUUAUGGGUGCUUCAUUAUCACCGAAUGAAGUUAUCAUUUAUAUGGAAUAUAUGCCAAAAGGUUCAUUACGUGAUGUUUUACAAAAUGAAAAAAUACCAAUAACAUGGCCAUUUCGAUUUUCAUUUGCAAUGGAUAUUCUCAAUGGAUUAUGUUAUAUUCAUAGUAGACAUAUUAUUCAUGGACGAUUAAAUUCAUCGAAUUGUGUUGUUGAUCAACGUUUAACAAUUAAAAUUACAGACUAUGGUCUUGAAAAUCUUCGUCUAACGACUCUAAAUACUAAUUCUUAUGUACAAUCAGCUGAAGCGUAUAAACGAGUUUAUUAUGCACCAGAAUUAAUUUCGAUUCAUGAAUUAAAAUUAACACCAUCAAUUGAUAUUUAUUCAUUUGGAAUUAUUUUAAAUGAAAUUGCAACUCGAUCAGAACCAUUUGGAGAUGAUGAUAUUGAAUCAAUUAUGAAAAUAGAUUAUCGUCCAAAAAUAGCUUUAAUGACACAUGAUGUUAAUAAUGAAACUGAAGAAGAUUUUUGUCCAUUACCAUCAUCAUAUACACGUUUAAUUAAACGAUGUAUUAUGGAGAAUCCAUUUGAUCGUCCAACAUGUAAAGAUAUACAAAAAAGUUUAAAAAAAAUGUGUCCAUUACAAAUGAGUCCGAUUGAUUUAAUAUUUAAAAAAAUGUCAAUUUAUCAAACAAGUCUUGAACAAGCGGUACAAUUAAGAACAUACGAACUUGAACAAGAAAAACAUAAAUCGGAAAAUCUUUUAUAUAGUAUGUUACCAAAAAUUGUUGCUGAACAAUUAAGAAUUGGUCAAAUCGUAACGGCCGAAUACUAUGAUACUUGUACUAUAUAUUUCAGUGAUAUUGUUGGAUUUACAAAUAUUGCAAGUCGAUGUAAACCUAUUGAUGUUGUAGAAUUUCUCAAUCGAGUUUAUACAACUUUUGAUACAAUUAUUGAUCGAUACGAUGUUUAUAAAGUUGAAACAAUUGGAGAUGCAUAUAUGGUUGUUUCCGGUGUACCAAAAAAGAAUGGAAAUGAACAUGCAUAUCAAAUAGCAACAAUGGCUCUUGAACUUAUUCGUCAAACAGCAAGUCAUUGUCUUAUACCAUAUUCACAGGAUGAAAAACUUCGUAUUCGAGUUGGUUUACAUUCAGGCCCGGUAUGUGCUGGUGUUGUUGGAUCGAAAAUGCCUCGAUAUUGUCUUUUUGGUGAUACAGUUAAUACUGCAUCAAGAAUGGAAUCGAAUACAAAUCGAAUACAUAUGACCAAGGAUACAAAAGAAUUACUUGAUAAAACUGGUCGUUUUCUAAUUGAAAAACGCGGAACAAUGCCUAUAAAAGGCAAAGGUGAUAUGACAACCUAUUGGUUACUGGAAGAAUUAGAAUCAAAAAAUGAUUUUAUAGAAAAAAAUUUAUUAUAUGUACAACCGAUAAGACUUCCACCGAUACAUAAAAAAGAUCUUUCAUCAUCAUAUCUCAUUCCAAAUUCAACGAAUAUUUUCAUACCUAAUCGUUCACCAUCACCACGCAAAACGACGACUUUUAAUUUAAUCGCUUUAGAAUAA